UAUAAAAGGUUUUAAAAAAGCCAGCAGAAGUAAGCAGUUGCUACAGGGCUCGGGGGUCACUUGUGCUUCACUUGACUACUCUGUUCACGUACAUCAUGGAAAACAGCAAACCACUGGGAAGUGUUGGUCUUGACACUCAGCCCAGCGCACCAGAAGCACCAUCUGCUGAGCCUUCCCGGCCCUUCUCCAUAUAUGAAACUUUUCUGACAGAAGAAGGUAUCCUACCACAAUCCCCACCAGAAGACAAAAGCCUACAGGAAAUAACCCCAAAUGGUACAAAUUCUCCUAUAAUCAGUCUGCCCACCAUUGAUGAUGACUGUGCCCGGGAGGCCCUAAUACAGUUUGCUACUCAGAAAUGCUGCUAUGGUGCCACUCCAGCUAAGAAUCUGGUCUUGAUGGAAAUCAAGCCUUAUGCAACAUUUAAAUAUCGUCUAGAAACAUUUACUGAAGACAGAGGAGUGAAGUGGGUUAAUGAACCGUUUCAUGGUCAGGAUGUGGAUGGCCCUGAACGUGGACCAGCCCCUUCAGCUUGGGAAAUAGCGGUGGAGGGUCCACCUCUCUUUGUGGACUGUAUAGUUGAUGUCCCAGUGCCUCACACAGCUUAUGUAAAGGUGUGUUCUACCUGUAGUGGGCUUUGCACGGUCAUAUGUUACGUCUGCGGUGGACUUGGACGGAGGACAUGUAUUUCGUGUGGUGGAACAGGACGCCAGAUGAACAACACCUUUUGUUAUUCUUGUAGUGGUAUGGGACGGUCCAGCUGUUACUCUUGCUUUGGACGGGGUCGCAUUACUUGCUCUGAUUGUGCUGGCAAUGGAAAGCAGAUACGCUAUGUGAUGCUGACUGUAACCUGGAAAAAUAAUAUCACUGAAUAUAUUCAAGAUCGCCAGACAGGAUUCCCUUUGAAAAAGUUCAGUAAAGUCAACGGCGACAACAUUUUUUGUGAUCAAAGUGUAAUGGUAUAUCCAAUUGUGGGAUUCCCAGAAGAAGAUAUCAGUGAAGCAUCUCGAGUGACUACUCAAAAGCACCUGGAGAUGUUUUCAAGCACAAUGCGCAUCCACCAGCAGCGUCAGACAAUUGAACGGAUUCCACUAUAUCAUGUUAUCUACGAUUGGAAAGGAAAACAGCACAGUUACUACAUUUAUGGCACAGAGAAGAAGGUCUACGCCCCAGGAUAUCCAGCACGUUGCUGCUGGUUGUGCAGCAUCUUAUAGCAAAAAAGCAAAUGUGAAACGGCCAUGUUGAUACAAAAACCAAGAAAGCUGCAUCCUGUUAAGGCCAGCCUUUCCAUUUAGCAAAGAACAAGUGAUCGUUUAGGAGUACCAUCUCACAGACUGCUGUCUAUCCUCUAUCUUCUAGCCCAAAAAUUCCUAAUCCUGUUCCUGACACUCCAUAUUAACUGAGCUUCUAACAGCUACAUAAUGCUCAUCCAUGAUUAAAGAACAUUUCGCUGAAUUACUAUUGCAAUGUAAGAAACAACUGCCAUGGCUAUUUCAUCAGCAGCACAGCCGUAGAUGAUGUUAUGUCUAUGUCACUCACUAAAAUCGUGUAUAUUUUUGGGCAAGAAACUGUUGUGAUAAAAUGGAAGACAGAACAAGAAGUCUUUACGCAAAAGCUUUGUAACAAUUGCCCUUUACAUGUUUCUGUCAUGGAAAAGGAUAAUGGAAGUAUGUUACAGGAAACAAUGACUGGGUUCUGUUAAGAAAAGCACUGCAGAAUAAUUAAAGUGCAAUUUUGAAAAAAAUGAACAAAGUGCUCUAUUUUGUAUAAAUAUUCUGAUUGUAUUCUUCAUGCAACUGUAAAAUAAAC